CUGUGAUCCGUGUGAUUAGUGACGUUUUGUGGGUUGUCAUCGUGGACCCUCCCAGCGGCCUGUUUAUAGCGUGCAGUCAUACCACCCUGAUCGAAAGUUACUCUUAUGAUUCGGAAUCCAGUUUUUUCCGACUGACUUCCAUGACCAGCUUGAGGUCUGAUAAUCACUUCUUCAAACUGAAAAAUCAAGGUAAGAUCUUUGAGGGCGCUAAAAUUAAAGUCUUCGUCUUCGUCUUCCCCAUGUGAUGCAAUGUAAUGUAAACCAACUUUUUAAAAUUUAACGUGGCUCGAUUGAAAUUUUUAGGGGGUAAUACCUUCCGCAUUUGGGCAUCACCUACGUACGUUGGCCAUUAACCAUGAUAGUGGAAAACCGUCAGCACAAGGUUUUUUUUAAUUAUAGCUAGCAGUAGCCGUUGGCUAAUAAAAGCUGGGUUAGGGUGACGAAAAACCGCUUUCAUAAUUUUGUAAUCCCUACGCAAAAGGAUAUCAAUAUGGAUCAUGAAAACUGCAUUGAACAACAAAGUAAAUAAGACUCAUAUUUAAUUCAACGAUUUCAUUCACAUUUGCUUAGGUACAAUUAGCCUGCGAAUGGUGAGAAGCGAGGGGACGGCUGUAUUCGCCGGCAAAGAUACAUUGAAACAGUAAUGCGUGACACAAGUAAUGCAUGUUUACAGUCAUGACUGCACGAAAUCUUGUUUUUCUGCCUGCUUCUUAGCUGGACCAUUACUUAAAUUCGAUCGAAUAUUCAAUUCGUGUCCAGUGACCAAAGGCCGUUCAUAUGCAAUAGAAAAUAAUGAAACAGCUUAAAUUACCGCUGAAGUUUAAAGCUUAUCGAAGCUUUCGCUUUGAUGACAAGCGACGUAAUGCAUGGUUCAAUUUUGACUUGCAACAAUGUCCCCUCAGGCGUACCCCAGGGGAUUCGCAAUUUUUUUCUUUCUUGGCGGUCUAUUACCCAUCCGGGGCGGGGGAGUACUGCCAUAUAUGGGCUAUAUAGGUAUGUGCGCUGUGAAGGGUAUGAUUUUCGAGCAGUUUACUGAAGGAUAGGGUAUAUAAAUCAGAGAGUUUGGGUCUAGAAGAGGGUAUCAUUUUCCAUUUAAACUGAUCAAUUGGCUGAAGAUUUUAGUCUAGACUAGGGAAACCGGGAAUUGCCACUCACAGGAGCGGCUCCUGCCACUCAAGGAUAUAAAAAAUCAAAUCGGUUUUGUUUUGGCUGGACUGUACUAGUGACCUCAGUUGUUUCUGGAAAACAGCUACUCCAGGAUAGGGGGGAUUUGGGGAGUUUAGUCUAGUGUAGGGUAGCAAAAUUCAUUUGAACUAGCUCUGGUUAAGGCUAAGGGUUCCAGGGUCGCAGCGGCACAUCUCCACCCAAAACGUCCUAAAGUACCUCCCCCCCGGGAUUACCCACCCCCAGGCACGCGAAAAUUAAGAAUUUGUUCAUGCUUGUGGAUGCACGCGGAAAGUUUGGAGAGCACGAAAGAUGCGAAAGAGUUGCUAGAGGCGCUCCCAAGAGCAACUCUAGCAGCUUGAGUGCUCUCCAAACUUCCCAACUGCAUCCAUAGCUCGAUAUACGCACAUCUAAAAGCAUGAGCAAAUCCUUUAUAACAUAGCUGACAAAGAUGCUUGAUUUUUUAUUUUAAAACUGUAAAAUUCUCGUAACGCGUGACACGAUAACGAACGCUUCUAUUGGCUGAUUACAAACACGCCACUUAACAAAUAGAUUCCAUGUUGCCCUGCGUCUGUUCAGUAAUAGAUCACAGAAGACGUCAAAAUGUGGUAAAAACAAUGAAGUUGCGGCUCGUGUGCCACUGAUGUUUUUACCACAUUUUGACGUCCUCUGUUAUCUAUUACUGAACAGACCCACGGCAAUAUGGAAUCUAUUUGUUUUAUACAAUGAUCAGAAUAGGAAAAAGACCGAUACACAUACCUGCCUCGUACCGCUUUCAAGACUGUUCGAGAAUUUGAGUUAGUUCAGGCAUUUUUUAAGUCCCAAGCGCUACUUUUCGUCGCUGCUUCUUCUUUUUUUUUCUUUAUCUCAACUGUAUAUAGUUUCUUCGAAAAGUUUUUCAACGUCUUUUCUUGCUCAAAGCAGAAUAAUGGCGAAAAAACUGAAAACAUUUUGCAAAACGGCGAGUCUCUCAUAGCGAUGAAACACGAUAGAUGGCAGCUGUUGUGAGGAUUUCUUGUAGUUUAGGCAUUCUAAAGUAGUCUAGAGUUCUUUUGGUCCCCGUUUCUCCAUUUUUCUUUCUUGUAAAUAGCUCCUGUUGAACUUUUUUCAAGGAUUUCACUUGCUUUAAUCCGAAAUAAUCUCAGAAGCAUUUUCAAAACAGCGCGCCAUGUUGAACAAAACAAAGCAUUAGACAAGUUUCAUCCAUGUACUGUACUCUGAUAGAUCAUGGGCAACGACCAAUCACUGACAACGCGCGUAGCAUUCACAUCAUCGUAUAAAAAAGUCUAGUUUGAAUGAAAAUUCUUUCUGUAAAACUGAGAAAGAAAAUUUUCCUAUUUUUUCGUUAUUAAACGAACGGAAACUAAGCAGAAACAAAGGUAAAAGAGUCUUAAAGUCCACCUAAAGUUAAAGUACUCACCUGUUCGUAAGAAGUCGUGGAGUAUGGUUUGGAUUUGCUGAAAAGAUGUUUAUGUUUUGCUCGGCGAAAUACAGAAAACCUGUUUUUUAGCAAAGACGACUGUCAUCCUAUUAUUGUAUUCAUUUACGAACAAUGGCUUGUCAUAACGGCUUCUUGAGAAGACCUGGCAGUAGUUGUUUUAUAAAUUUAUGUCUUCUUGUAUAAUUUGUCUUGUUAUUGAAAGAGAAAUUUUCCUGUUUCAGUCGUAUUGUUCGGCGAUAACAAAAGUGCAUAAUUUUUCGCUAUUGAGCUUCCUUUAUUAUUAACUCUUUUUGUAAAGGAUAAACAAACUUUAAUAACGGAGGACGCUUUAUACAAACUGAAUAUUUUCAGUCAGUCUUUACUGCAGACUUAACGGCAGACUUUUCAACGAAUCCGUCAGGCUCUAUUAUUUGCUAAACAUCUUCACCGCUUUUGCUGUUGGUUUGAGUGGCUAGAACGAAGCUAAAUUCCAAAAAAAUCUAGAAAGUUUUUCAUCAUUGCCGUUGAUUUUGGGUCGGCUUAGGAAAAGCGACGAAAAACACAGCUGAACACGUCAUCAUGAAAAAAAUCUUUAUUUACGCAGGGGCGUGCGUAAAUAAAGAUUUUGUUCAUAGCGGCUCAACGGGACCUAUCAGUAGGGCAAGCACGCGCGCUAUGUUGAGACAACUCCCCACUCCCACGCUCGUGAUCGACCUCAUACACAGUUUUUUUUUGGUGGUACAUCUUUUUGAUACGUACAAAAGCAAAACGAGACCUUGUGACAACUUCUAUAAACGUUUUCCAGAGUUUAUUGAGAGAAGGAUAAUGGAUGUCAUAAUGUAGUUAAAACAUGAACAAUAAGUUUGAAAACGAAAAUGGAAAAGAAAAACUCUUUAAAAAGCGCCUUCUUGAUAGAACACCUAAGAAGAACACUGGGCUGAAUUUCUGUUUAUCUUUAUAUCAAAAGCCUUGUAUCCGUUUUCAUGUAAAUUUUCUUAUUAUUAAAAAGCUAGGCUGAAGAAAUAUUUCUGUCCUUCUUUUCCAAAAAUAAAAUCCAUUCGAGCGCAUGGAUCAUACGCACAUUCGAUUAAAAUUUUAAAACAGUGUACCUUUAGUACAGACUUUAAUUUUAAUAAUUUAUUCCUCUCCAACCACUCUCCGACAAAUUCCUGCCAUAUAUAUACGAGAGGGGUACCUGCCCUAUACCUCUGUCAAAAAUGGCCAUAUAAAAGGAUAAGGGGUUGGACCUUUAGAAGCUGGGGAGCCUUCCCGAAUAAGACUGUUGAGUACCCCCCCCACCCUGGCUUCUAGGGCACUAGAUAAAUUUAAAAAGAAGCCGUUAAUCCGACGGAAAGAAAGAGAUUCAAGGUUUAAAACAAAUAACUUGUAAUUAAUUGGACUGCUUAAAAUAUACAGUAUUCUGUAUAAUGAGCCCUUUCACCGUUCUAAACCCGGAACCCCAUUUAUACCGCAAAAUCUACCGCAAAACCCAACGUACAUGAGCGGUGAAAGCCGCAGCUCUUAAGUUUACCACCCACGAAAGACCAUGAUUAAUUUUCCAGGUGGACUCUUCCGGGGCAAGGCUACAAUUUUCUCAUUUUUUUCAUGUACACGUUGACAGGAAGAUUUUUCGACACUUCGACUUUUUGUUGUUGCUUGUUGUUUGCUUGAUUGUUUUCUUUUUUCGUAAAGAAUAAUGAAAACUUGUUCGAGCAUGUAGCAUUUCCUCCCAAUAUUUGAUAUACAGAUUCAUAAAGACAAAAGGACAAUGCGCCUUUGUUUUCUUGCGAUGUUCAUUUGUCACUGCUUUCGGUAACAAAACAAAAACUAAUGUGUUACCUUGUUUCCGCUUCAUUGAAGUUUUUUUUAAAUUUGUUUUCGAAAAAUUACAGCUUGCUUUGCAAUUUUCCAAAGUUACGUAAUCCAAUAGUUCGACAAAGGAAAUAGUCGACAAGAUCUGUGGAUUGUUGUCGUGUUCACGAUAACGAAAAAAUUUCAAGCAAUGACUUGAACCUUAACCUCUAAAAAAGAAGAAGUACGUGAUAGAUUUCCGGCGUUUUCCAUGGGGUUUCAGCUAUCAGUUGAAUGUCAAUCAUAGGGCUAGAUUUCCUUUGCUUAUUUUAAGACGGAGAAAUCAGAAACUAUUUAUAAUGUUGAUGUUUCAGCAGAAAUUCAUUUUCAUUUUUGUUCAGGUGUAGAUUUUUACACCUCAGAUACUUUGAGUCUAUUUUGUACGCGAAAAAGUCCAUUGUAGUUUAUCACAGAACGCUAACUUGUGAUAUGAUCUGACGAAUGGUUUAAUUUUACAAUCAACAGGGUCAAAUCUUCACAGCUGUUUACUUUACACAAACUACGAAACAGGAAAGGUCGCUUUUUAAUCUUCAAAGUUUUUUUUUAUCGCCGUUUCUGCACGAAC